AUGAGAAAUAAUAAUAGGAGAGGAGGAGGAAAAAUGAAGCUGGCAGAAGCAAUUGAGGAGGCAGAGCGAUCCCCAUUUUCACGUGACAUUUUGCAAUCCCCCGUUCCUGCGAAAUAUGUCCUACCUAUAUUCUCCAGCAUCUUCAAUGGGACUGGGAAUGCAGUACAGCAUAUGAAGGCCUACAACCUAACAUUAAUGCCAUGGGCCCAACAUCAAGCAGUGUUGUGUAAAUAUUUCCCUGCGAGCUUGACAGGAGAAGCUUCAUUGUGGUUCGAUAAUUUGAGCAAAGGAUAUGUUACUUCAUUCGCACAAUUACAAAGAUUAUUCUUAGGGAACUAUAUAACCAGUAAUCACCCAAAGACAGGAAUUGAAAACGUGUUUACCUUGAAGAGGGCACAUGGAGAAAGUCUGAGAAGCUUAGUUACGCGAUGGAGAACCAUAUGCACCAAAUCAGCAGGAGAGGUAUCCGAGCGACAUUUAAUCCUCGCCUUCGUCAACGCCUUGUACCCCACUGAUCUCAUAUAUGUGGAGAUAUUCCGAAUCAGACGCGACAUAGAUAUGCAAGAGACGAGAGAAUAUCAAGAAGAGUUCAUAACACUGGAGGAAAAGAAAAGAUAA